GGUGUGAUCCCUGCAUACGGGGGCCCCCUCCAAAAUAUAUCUGGCAAGACGAAGAUCUAGUUCUGCUUCCGAACGUCUUGUCAAAUCCUUCCAGUGUUCAAUUGCCCUCCUCUCAUUCACGUUUUCGAGUUUUUAAUCAGUUUCGCAGAGAACAUAUAGUUCGUACUCCAACAUGGCCACCGCAGCUGUUUACCCACCGCUCGACCAGCGCCCGGUCAAGAACACGGUUCUCCUCUUCGACGUUGAUGAUACGCUCACAUUGCCGCGCCAGCUCGUCAAGCCUGAGAUGCUCCAGCUGCUCUCCGAGCUCCGCCACAAGGUCGCCAUUGGUUUCGUGGGCGGCUCGAACCUGCCCAAGCAGCAGGAGCAGCUCGCGGGCCCGGGCAUCAACGUCACGAGCCUCUUCGACUUCUGCUUCGCGGAGAACGGGCUCACGGCAAUCCGGUUGGGCGAGGAGUUGGCGAGCCAGAGCUUCAUCGGGUGGAUUGGGGAGGACAAGUACAAGAAGCUCGUAAAAUGGAUUCUCCACUACAUCGCCGACCUCGACAUCCCCAUCAAGCGCGGCACCUUCAUCGAGUUCCGCAACGGCAUGAUCAACGUCUCACCAAUCGGCCGUAACGCGUCCGUCGACGAGCGCAAUGACUACCAAAAAUACGACAUCGCAAACGACAUCCGCCCCACAAUGGUCGCCGCGCUGAAAAAAGAGUUCCCAGACUACGGCCUCACCUACUCCAUCGGCGGCCAGAUCUCAUUCGACGUCUUCCCCACCGGCUGGGAUAAGACGUACUGCUUGCAGCAUAUCGAGGCCGAGAAACAGAGGUCCGGCAUCGAGUACACCGAUAUCCACUUCUUUGGCGAUAAGGCGUAUGAGGGCGGGAACGAUUGGGAGAUUUACAGCGAUAAGAGGACGAUUGGGCAUAAGGUUAAGAAUCCGGCGGAUACGUAUCAGCAGUUGCAGGACCUGUUGAAGAGCUUCCAGUAGGUUGGAUUGCUGGGGUUUGAGGAGGGAGGGGGUGUUAUGCGAUCGAGGAAUAUGCAUGGUACCGUAGCAUGAAAGAGUACGAAUGAUGAACCAAUUCAAGAAUCAAACUUAAAACGCAACAAGCGCAUACACAGCACAUGUCACAUCCACAUCAAAAGAGC